UGAAUGUAGUAAAAAGCAAGAGAAAGACAAAAAAGAGAUAUCUGACGGGCAAUGGACGAAAAGACAGAUAGAUUAUGGUCGAGUUGAGGGACAGGGCCAGUUGUGUUUAGACGGAUUGAAUAGACCGAGGUGACGGUCGCUGGCUCUAGCUCGUCCUGCGCUUUGUGUACAUUCCCGGCCACAUACUUGAGAACGACAGCGACUCAGGGAAUCAGGAAGAGAGAGAGAGAGAGAGAGAGAGAGAGAGAGAGAGACGGAGAGAAAGCGAGAGACAGAACAGGGGUUAGGUAAAAACAGAAACAAAGUAAGUACGGACGAGCCAAAAUCCACCCAUAGAGAUCACUCGAAAGAAACGUGCUGGCUUGCCCCGAGCCUACGAGGUCUUUCCGCCCGAGUCUACUACGUUAAAUCAGUGUCUUUGUGAAGGUGUCCGUGGCGUUGUCGUACGGUCGAGUGUUGAGCACUCCACAGCCGCAUAAUUGGCCAUCGUUAUGUGAUAGUAGGAGUGAGUGCGAUACGUUUGAAAGUCGAGCUCGUUUACGGAGAUGGUGCUGAUACUAUUGGACUACUGCCGCUGCGGAUGGUGGUCGCUGUCGUCGUCAUAACGGCGAUGGCGGCUAUAGUGCUAAUAGCGGGUAAGCAAGAGUCUUUCGCGUGAACGAUUUAGCGUAUAAAUUACGGUGUACAUUUUUGCUUGAGCUAGCUAGCUAGCAGGCCGGCCAGUCAACGACGAGCUGAUCAUAAUAAUAGCACAGUACACACAAGAAACGGUGAGCCGACGAACGCACUGGAUAGCGCACGAAAAAUCGGAAAACACAAAAAGGCUAGGUCACGGGCAACCCAACGGGAAAAAACCGAUGAUAUCGUAGCUAAUGUCUAGGGCAGUAUAAAGGGAUUGUUUUAUCGAAAUCUACCUGCUAACGUCGAAUAGUAUGUAUGUAUGUAUGUGUGUGUCUUAGCGUUUUUACGUAAGCGUUUGCAUGGGGGCAUGAAAAAGCUAAGCAAACAGAUUUUGUCCCUCUUUUUCGUUGAGUUGGUGCAUAAGAAAGGCAACAUCAGAAACUAGCCGCAGUGCGCGAGAAUCGAACGAAGCGUUAUUGUCGCUAGUAUUUACGAAGUGCAAAAGUUACGUCUUCGAGGUGCUUCUAAAUCGUUAACGGGGUCGUCGAGGCUGCCGAGUGUACGUUCCGUUGUAGACUGGAUAGAGAAAUUGUGCUCGACUGUGGCCUGUGCGAUCGAAGGCUGUGAUUCCGUUCGGUGAUUUUAGCGUUGAAUCUCGGAUGCGUGCUGUGCAUUCGGCUGCAUUUCGAUUUUUAUUAGUUUCGUUCUGUGCUGAGUGGGUGUACGCUUUUGGUCCGCGUAGAUGCACGACUGGAGUGCCCUCGCGAAGGUGACCCGGAUUCAGGACCUUCUGGUGCGAAGGACCAACGAAUGCGGAACAGCCGGAAGCAGCACCAGCAAUUUCUUAACCCGCAGCGUCGCCGCCACGACUCGAAACCUAAACAACAGCUGCGAGAAUUCUGCCGUCCGCAGCAUCAACAGCAGCAGCAGCAGCAGAGAUAUCAACCCCAGUAUCAGUCACAACCCUAACGAUUCGGCCGAUCCCGGGAACAACGACAACAACAGCUCCAACUCGACCAGUUCAUCCAGCGGCAAUUUUUUCGUCGCGGCCGUCGCAGCUGUCAACAAUUCUGGCAACAGUACCUCCUCUUUGUCGUCAAACAUCUACUGCAGCAGUGGGCCGAACUGCAGGGCAAGUAACAGAAGCCCGCUGAGUCUGGCCCCCCCGGGCAUUGGUAUCGCUGCAGCUGGCUUAUCAGACGUGCUCACCUCGGCCCACCAGCUGUCAGGCCCUGCACCUUUGUUGCAACUGUCAGACGGAUCUGACGGAAUAGGAGGCGGUCACCGACAACGACUUCAGCUGCAACAGCAGCAGAUUACGCCGGGCAGUUCAUCUUUGUCAGGGUCAGCGUCAACGCCAGUCUAUUUAUCGCCUUCGCUCGACCAGUUUCAGCAACGGAGGCCGUUUGCCACCGGUUCUACUGACGGCGAACGGCAGGGCAUCCCACUCACGAACAACAGUAAUAGUAACAAUUUAAGGGUAACGGAACACAAGUUUUCCUCCCAGCAAGGUGCAACGGUCCUCCAUCUUACAAGCAGUUCGCAGCAGCAAGGGCAGCAGCAAACUCAUCUACCCCAACAACAACAAUUUCAGUUUGUAGGAGCGACAGUCGUUAAUAACAGCAACAAUAGUAGUAACCCGAGCAGGAAAAUGGGUCGUAAGAAAAUUCAGAUAUCGCGCAUCUCGGAUGAACGAAACCGGCAGGUGACGUUCACGAAGCGCAAGUUUGGCCUGAUGAAGAAAGCCUACGAACUGAGCGUCCUCUGCGACUGCGAGAUUGCGCUCAUCAUAUUCAACUCGACGAACAAGCUCUUCCAAUAUGCGUCUACGGAUAUGGACAAAGUUCUACUCAAAUACACCGAGUACAAUGAACCUCACGAGAGCCGCACAAACAACGACAUCGUCGAGGCUCUAAAUAAGAAAGAUCAUAAAGGCAACCCGGGCUGCUGUGAUAGUCCCGACCCGAACGAUGAUGAUGGAAACGUCGGAGCGUACACGAUACCGGCACGCCCUCUGGAGACGAGUAACGCCAACAAGCUCGGCCCUGCAAAUUACCCCAAACUCAACGAAGAUUUCGAGAUUAUGAUGCAGAGAAGCACUUCCGCCACAGCGACGGCGGUCACUUCAGCACAACAAGCACAGUCGCAGCACAACGGAGUCCGGGAUUCAACGUCUCCAUUUCACGGACAAUCGUUAAGUGUGAGCAACGGACCGUUGAACGGGAUGUACUCACAGGACUCGCUAAUGCAGCCCUCGCCGACACAAAUGUCGCAGAGCAGCAUCAGCCCGAGACCAAGCUCAACUGGAGCGGGCGGUGAAAAUGGCUUGAGUGCGUACCAGCGCGCGGCAUCCCCUGGCAAUAGCGGGAGCAGCAGUCUGGCAGGCCCGCCGGUAGUGCAACCGGCCGCCGUACAGGGUGUCGGUAGCAGCCAGCAAGCGGUGUCACCCAAACCGAGGUCCCCGCAAUGCAAGAACCUGCGCGUCAUGGUACCGCUGCACCAGACGAAUUGUAACUCACCCUCGCCCAACCCUAGUCAACCGAUGGAACCAGGCGUCGUGGGAGGCGUCGGCGGUCAGCUCUAUCUUUCAUCGCAAGGCACAGGCAUGGUGCGAGGCGGGGCAAUAGCCACACCCGUCGUAUCGGUAACGGGCCCGAAUGGCCUGGCGCUUUCGGGAUAUCCACCCGCCUUCCAGGGCUUAUCUCCCAGUGAGUUUCCUAUCAGUUCGGACAUAUCAGCGUUAUCAGCGUCGGGCUUUAACGGCAGCCUCCUGCACGGCUGGUCCGGUCAGGGAAGCCAUCUCGAAGCGAGUCCGAUACAAGGACACCAUUUGAACAGUGCCUCCGGAUCCCCAGAACCGCCACUCUCACCCAAUAUGCGGAUAAAAUCUGAACCCAUAUCACCGCCCAGAUCAGUUCAUCAAGGCGGUGCAACGGAUUACUCUGGCGGACACGUCGAUUCAUCCGUGCCCCCGCUCAAGAGAACGCGCCUUACUGCCGACAACUGGCCCGCGGCUGCUACCUAAUCAGUCACUGUUCACCAGAGGACCAAUAACGUACUAUUAUCUAUGUCUCGUUCUAUAUUCGCAAAUCGUUGUACACAGAGAAUGAAUUGAGGAAACAAUAUUGAAAUGUUAAAAACAUACGCCACGUUUCGAGGAAAACUAACAAGACGACGAUGACCACAGAAGGCAUCAACCAAGUCUAUUUAGCUCAAAUCUAUUGCUGAUGAUUCAGAUAUGACGGGGGUUCGCUAGAAGCAGGAAGAACGUCACAUGGAACUCGAGCGGGGCGGUUACCAGCAGCCAUAUGCGGGGUCCGAAGCCAAAGACUCACCGAUAGGCCUUCAUCUUCAUGUCGCGAUUGUUCGAUUACUAGAAGAUGAAACAUUUGUUUGCAACUUCACGACGCCACGACUGCAGCCGCCUGAUGACAGUUUAAGAUGGAAGCUCGUACGUCUGAGCCUCAUUCCUGUCGACAUGAAUAAUAUAAACUAAACUGACCCGCAUUGGUUGCUAGUCUUGCCCCGGUUUAUGGUUUGAUCUCGGUCUAGCGAACGUCGAAUGCAGCGCUGCUACAACUCGCAAUUGAGUCCGGUAGCAGCAGCAGCAGUAGCAGCGGCAUUGAAGAAGCAACGUGCGACCCACUGUGCGUCCCAGAGUAACGGGUGAUGACGACCCAUCGUACAGCGUCAGGUGCACAGUGAAGGCACGCCAAAAGGAAACCACAUUGUAUAGUGCACUGUGUCGACACGUAUAUAUAUAUAUAUAUAGAGAGAGAGAGCGAGAGAGAAGACAACGGAGAGAGAGAGAGAGAGAGAGAGAGAGAGAGAGAGAGAGAGAGAGAGAGCAAGGAAGCAUGGUGACGAAACACAUAGAGUGUGGCGGAAAUUGAACACGAAAGAAGACAAGACGAGUUGAGAAAUCGAUCGUACGCAAAAAUCAACUAUCGUUCAUAUACGAAUAUACCCACGCAUGAAUACACGUGAGCACACAUACGCAUCUUGUACAAUAGUUGACUGAUGACUUGUGGUUGCGCUGGAAUAGUAAACGUGCUAGAGCGACGCGAGAGAAAAUUGCAGUAGUGGCUAAGAAUUGAGGAUGAAACCCUGAUAGAAAAAUCGAACUUCAAAGACAGAACGACAGCACACGACUUCGUACGCUGAAUUUGCAACACGUAUAAUAUCGACCCAGACGAUUGAAUAGUAGGGAAGAAAAAUUUCGAGGAAAGUGAUCAAUAUGGUAAGAUCAGAAGCAGCCCAACGCGGCGUGAAACUUGUACGCGAUUUGCACUUGUGGAAAAAAGGAUGAUCAGGACUGAAAGGCGGAAGCAACUCAAGUACCCGAAACAAACCAGAAGCGAGAGCAGAAUGAACCGGAAGAAGUCGCAAGCCAAGUUGAAUAUGUUUAAAUAUAAUUAUAAAUAAAUAUAUACAUAAUAGUUGAGGUGUGAGGUGGGCAGGGGUCGAGUCUCCUGGUAGUUGAAAGCUGCUGCGUAAGACAUAGCGUACAUGCUUAUGUUUAGCAUAGAGAAAACAAGCAGGCUGGGCGGACGAUGUCUCACGAAAAUACUUAAUCGGACUAACGGCAAUGAUAGCAGGGUUGAUUUACAACCCAAACAACAGAAUGUAGCAUAUAUAAGAACAAAGCUGUGAAUGCCACUAUUCCAUAUCAGAUAACAGUGGCCCACGCCAAAAUCAAGGACCAAGCCACAGCGGAGGACACCGCUCUAUACCUAGCUAAGGAAAACUCCGACGGUCCGCAGUCAGCGUUGCUUUCUGUCAAAAAAAAGGGCACGGACCGUCCGUAGCAAGGAGCGUUAAGUAAAAAAAAGAAAAAGGUAGCCAAAAAGGAGGAUCUGAUCGCAUCAGUGGAUAGAAAGCCGAGGUAUUCAGAAUUCAUCAUGGAUCAGAUUAUACCGGCGACAUCUCAAUAUUCGAUAGUAGUUUUAGUGCGUUUGUCGACGAUGAUUUGUAUCGCUCGUCGAGCUUUCCCCUCGAUUAAUAGACGAAGCUGCCCAAGAGACAGCGAACGGGAAAAGAGCAAUGCAAAAUGCUGGAAGGAAAAAACAUUUCAAUAGAGAAGUAUAGUGUGACACUGUUGAAUUACGCAUCUCCGCGUCCAUGUACAAGUCAAACCAAUUAACCAAACCCUAUAAGAACGUAACCACAUAAGCGAACAUAUAUUUUCAUGAGUGUUUCAUACACCUGUGUACCUGUACUUUAAUAUAUUAUUACUAUGUAUUUGUUGUUUACUUAGUCCUAAUAAUAAUAUAUAUAUAUAAUAAAUGAUAACGACAAUGGUAAUGGCAUGAUCAUGAAAAGGAGAAACCUCUAAUAAGAGGAAUCGCAUAUAUAUAUAUAUACAAAGCGACCGAUCGUGUAACACUGACAGUAUGAGAAUUGAACAUGGAAACAACAAUAUCAGAGAAAUAAUGAUAAUAUAUGGUUUGCCGAUAAUACUUACAGAUGAGAUGUUAUAUAUAUAACAUAUAUACAUAUGUGUGUGUAUGGCGUAUCUUGACAAUACCGAAAAGACUAUGAUGAUCGACAGUAUCCUACAAAAAGCGUAUUUGGCCAAAAAUUUCUCGAGUAACUUAGGCGACGAUCAAUCGCGUUUCGAGCAAACUUUCCAUAAUAUCUGCCGACUGCGAUUGCCGAUUGUAACUUCCUCUGGACAGUAACGGUAAUAAGAAGCAAGCCUUGCGGUCGACAGAAAAAUGUUUGUGGAAGAAAGAACAGCUUUAGUGAGGUCAAUAGCCAAGUAAUAAAAAACAAGCGUGCAAAGCUGAGUGGCCAAAACGAAGCUUACUACCCUUUAUUGGAUUAGCCGGGUUGCGUGAGGACUCAUAUGCCUACUCGAUUUUUGAGAGAAACAAUUGGGUUAGCAACAUUGCAGAGCCUUACGAAGAACUUAGAAGUGAGGUGUCAAGCUCCGUUCGAUAUGUCAUCGUUCAAUAAGAUAUCGAGGGUGACGCUGGCCUACAGUGGGCCAAGAUAGUGAGACAAGGAUACAAAGCAAGAAAUGUCGGCGGGUCAAGGAAAUAUUGAAAUAGCGGAUGCAGAAGUAGAAUGUUUAAGUCGUUCUCCGACAAAAUUAUUUGUAGAUGAAAAAAAUCGAUGGAUUUAUUGAUAAAUAAAUAGUGGUUAGCUAGUCGCGACGCAUCCAAAUAUAGCGCCGAACUGAGAUACGCAAUUAUUGCCGGGUACAACAUGGGUACAGAAAUACGUUGAAGGUAAGUGCUACUCGUAAAAAAAACAGCAUUGGACAGCACCAUGGGGAAGGCUGGCGAACACCAAAAACCGAGUGCUGAACAGAUGCGCUAGCCGUGACGCAUGACAGCGGUACUAACAAUGGCAAAUGAUAAACAAUCCGGAAACAAGCUAUAGUUCAGGAAGACCUAUAUAUUAGCAAACAAAAAAUAACACUAGCACUUGUGUCCAAUGGUAGGCGGCCCGUUUCGCGCAGUGUUUUCCACAGAUAAUGCACCGUCUUUCCUGAGGUAGUCUCCAUCGAAAGGCAGGCGGCACACCUAUUCACAGCCUGGAAAGAGUUCGCGCAGGUGGAGGCAAAUGAUUCGGUACCACUUUCACUGUCUAUUUAUUCUCUCGGUCCGGUAAGCCACCUGUAACCUGCACGCUUAGCACGCCAUUAGUUGACGUUCAAGCUGGUCUAUCCAGUCGACCCAUUUGGGUCAUCCCAGGGAGAAUAUUGUUUCGUCUUUCGGAUCUUGAAAGCCCUGAACUUGGUACAUUUGUUGUCCACCAUCCAUCCGACCACACGAUUGUUUUGCGUGGAACUUGUGUACGAAAAUAUCUUAGACAGUAACUGCUAUCCGGGAAAUUAGCCCAAUUGGUGAUCUCCAUUCGGCCAACUUGAAACAUGAAAUUUUUAAGCACAUGCGCACCUUAGCAUAUCGCUGUGUUAUGUUAACUGAGCGCUCAAAAACGUAGAAUCUAUAUAUAUAUAUAUUAUAUAUAUAUAUAAUAGUACAAUUGAUAAAUUGAAGCAACUUCUCGAGCGACGCGUACCUACGAACUGUUUAUUAAGAGAAUAUUAGGUCGAUGCUAAGCACGUUAGUAUAAUCAUACGAAUGUAUUUGUGAUCGUGAAGGUGAUACCCUCGUACUGAAAAAAUACUUGUAAGACAGCCAAGGUCAAUAUUAAGCAUUAUUACCACAUUACUAUUAGUAUCACUGUUAUUCAAAACGUGAGCGCGUAGAGCUCUGCAGCUUUGCGGCCAGCCUAAGAGCCAUCUUAGCAGGGGUCAGGUAGGACGUAUUACUGGGGGGCGACUGGCCAAGACGAAUACAAAUAUAAAAUCGAAUCGUAGAUAAGCAUCAAGAGAUUUUAUAUGCAUGUAGUGAUCGAGGUUUUCCAAAUGGGAACAGACGAUCCAAAAUAUCGAGGUGGGGAUGAGAAAGCAAGCAGAUCUGGCCGGACCAACGGACUAUGUGCUUUGACGUCUCAGUAAGCCGAACUCAGCAGCAUGUUGAAUGAAUUGUUUCUACAUAAGGACAAAGAUAGAAAUUGACUUGUUGGAGACAUUUUUAGCGUUAUCAAUCGAUGGCAUGGAACUCACGCCAUUUCUUCACCGAGCACUUAACAUACCUCAAGUGAUCACACGCAUUUUGUCAGCGAGACAAGUGCUGAAUAAAUCCGUGACUGGAACGAGCCGAUUUGGAAAAAUUGUAGUAAAAAAUUGCCAGGCGCGUUUAGAGAGACACGUCAAAUAGUAAUCACGGGCAGCAAAUUGGCGUAGACAGUGUUGAUGAUAAUGAAAAUAAUCAGUAGCACUUAGGUGGCGUACGGAUUAGUAUUUUCCUAGCUGUUCUCUCUUAAAGAAGCGCUUGCUUUUUUUUUUAGCAAUGGUAUUGGUGUCAAUGCACGUACGUCGUCUUUUCGUACGAACAAACAGGCACGAUUUUUCAAGUACGGAUGACUAGACUAGUCAACAUUAGUCCGAAUCAAAGUCAGCUAUAGACACAGAUUUACACAGAAUUCAUAUAUAUAUAUAUAUAUAUAUAUAUACAAAGACAAACACAAAACACACAGAAGCACCUGGAUGCAAAUGUUCACUUGCAGUCUCGUACGCUUGCAUGGCGACGUCACUAUACAGCUUUAUCCUCUAUUUUACGGCACAAAACGUAACAAGUUCACAUUACACACGUAGAGUAUUUUUCGACACGUUAUAGAAGAACAGAGGCAGGGGAACAAAGUGAACGAAAGAAAGAGUUUUUGCACUUUUCCCUUUCUGUCCCUCUGUUCUGUGAAGGUACGACGGUACAAGUAGAAUUCGAAGACGUAGACGUAGACAAUUCACACAUUCAUUGUCUGAUACGCCGACUAACGGAGAAAAUACCACCUCCUUUUCGUGACACGCAGCUUUACUAUAUUUAUAAACAUUAUACCGAACCACCGCAACUCAAUUACUAUGACCACACUAGUACAAAGCAUGAAAGCAAAGGGCUCGAAACUUUCUGAUAAAAGUCUUAUUGCUUCCCCACACUUGCUAUGACCUAUCGACCCGAACUGCUCGACGCGUCCGAACGUUCACUCGUACACGAUUCCAUAUUCUAUGGCUAGUAUACCUACUUGCUACUGACUAAUACGACAGGUCGCGUUACAGACAAAACGCUCUAUCCAUCAGAUGAAUUUCUAUAAAAGUGGUAGUUAUGACGCGGCCGGCCAUUCAAUCAGCUGGAUGUCCUAUGUGUCAUUUAACACUGCCGGUCGACAGAAAACCUAUAAAAAAUGUUCGAUAGUUUUCCACGAAAAUUUUUGCAAGAUAGAUAUUAUAUACAUAUGUAAUAGAGAUGACAACAACUGCAGAAGACUAGGCCGAUAGGACUUUAAACAAACGAAAACGCAAAAAGGAAAACGACAACAAACAAGCAUAGCCCAAUAAGAUUCCUAUAAAACACAUGGAGCAGAAACGAGGCCCAGUGCGGAAAUGUAACACAAAUGUAAAUCAAACACUCUCUCAAAUCGAUCUUGAAUGAUUUAUUCCCGCAGGAAAAAUAAAUGCACACAUGAAAGUCCAUCCCGGCCCAGGCUUUUUUGACGGAUUCCAACGGUUCAACCGAAAGACCCUAUAACGUUCUCUAUAACGGCCGCUUCAACUCCUAUGACAAGCGCUAUACAAUUAUAUAGCGCUAUAUAGAAAAUAAUAGCUCUGCGAGGAAAAUCAGCCUGCAGAUUAAGUGAAAUAAUAAAAAAAUGGAUGAAUAUAUCCACUAUAUUAUCUAUAAUUACGACGAUAAUAGUAGUAGUAAUAAUGAGGUAACAAGUGGUAAUUGAGUGUCAGAGCCAGCAGGAAUGAAAAACACAAUAUAUAUGGUAAAUAUAGAUAACUGUAGCACUACACAAAAUACGUAUUGCCACUUAACAGGCGACGAUGAAGAACUAAAAUAUAAAAAUAUUACUAACUAUAAUAAUUACAGUGGUAAAAUAACAUGAGCUAUGGUUGAUAUAUUUUGCAAACAAACGAACGACCGGGACGACAAAAUUGUGGACAAACAAUGCUCACAAGCUAAUCAAACCCGCCUAGAGAAAUAGUCAAAAUCGCAUAGAAAAUGUGUGUAUAUGAUAUGGAAGCUAGCAAUAACGGCAGAAUUUUCCAAUUAGGCAAAUGCUCGAUAAGGAGUGAAAAUUGUUGCGACAAUUAGAGAGCUUACGAAAAUACGACAUUGCGAGUAAUGUUAUUUUUCGAUUAAAAACACAAAAAAAUUCGCAAACAUUUCCUAAAGACAAAUUAAUAUUUAACAAAAAAAGCAAUAGCACUCCAUAUAGACAAACGCAAGCAGAACUAUUUCUAUAUAUAGAAACAUCAUAUACAUUAACAUAAGUGUACAAACUGACAUCUGAUUAGAUAACGACUUCAUAUAGGACGAAUAUCAAAGAACGCGACAGAAUUCUAGAAAGACCAA